AUGUUGGAUCACUUAUUAGUUCUACAGAGACCAGAGUUAUCGCUUUUGGUUCAAUCAUAUAAUUCACGUGAAAAUUUGAUAUUAGUGAUAUCUAUCUAUCUAUCUAUCUAUCUAUCUAUCUAUCUAUCUAAUUCUGUUAUUAUCUAUACCUCUCGAUUUUUUGAUGUUAUAUCUAUCUAUCUAUCUAUCUAUCUAUCUAUCUAUGUCAUUUUAUUAUCUAUCUAUUUCAUAUAUACAGGUUUCUAUCUCAAAAUCCUUUUUUCAUUUGACUAUAUCAACUUGUUUUUCUUCUUCCUUUCUGUUUCUUUUUUUUCCUCCUGUUUUUUUUUCUUUUACUCUUUGUCUUUUACAUCCUGUACUUUAGAAAACUGCUUAUCAUCCUUCUUCUUUCUCAUUUUCUUCUUUCAUCCUUCUCUUCUUCAUCAUCCUCUUCUUUCUUCUUCUUCUUCUUCUUUGUCCACUUCCUCCUCGCCCUCUUCUUCGUCGUCUUCCUCUUUUUCUUCGUCCUCUUCUUCUUCUUCUUCUUCUUCUUCUUCUUCUCUCGAAUUUUUCUCCAAACUUUUCUUUGACUUCCUUGUCUGCUCCUUAUUUUCCAUAACCCUUUUUUUGUCCUGUGAGCUACCUGAUCUCUCCUACCAUCGUUCCAAUCCACCUCUUGUAUCUCGCGUCAGUAGUUGA